CCAAAUUAAAGUAUGCAGACGGGGCAGGCUGCCUGUGGACCGCCGCUUCUCACGGAGUCUACAGCCGGGCUGAGAGCAGACGACGCAGAGAUGUGGGACAGCCCCGAUCGGAGGCUUUUCGGGGGAGAGAGGAAGAUGCUGCUGAUGCUGAUGCUGAGGCUGCUGCUGCUGCUGAGCGCCGCCGGCUGCAGCAGGUCGCUGUAGUCAGUCUGCACAGAGCGGAGGGAAGCUGCUCCAACACCGCCUGUAUAGACCGGUUCACUCACGCUGACCUGGACCAUGAGCAAUGAUUUGCCUGUUCUGACAAGUCUGACUGAGAACUCCACUGAUGUGCCUGUGUCAGCGGGCCAGGUGGAGAACUAUGUGCUGCUGUUGGUGCUGCUGAGUGUUUUCGCCGGGGGGAUGCUGGUCCUGCUCUCCCUGCUGCUCCUCUUCUGUCACCGCUGCUGCAUGGGUGGUCGACGCUACUCCAGAGCCAGCGAUGACCCUGAGAAGACAAACACCACUUAUGCUGAGGAUUCUCAGCCCACCCAAGAGAUCACCAUUCAUAUGGAUGAAUCAGACGCUCUCUCAGCUGUGAGCUGUCACGAUGGAGAGUCAGAGCGAUUUGUCUCCACUGGCUCUACUGGACGCAGAGUCUCCUUUAAUGAAUCUGCACUUUAUGAACAGGAGAAGACAACUCAGGACAAGGGACGCAGAUACACUCUGACGGAGGGAGACUUCCACCACCUGAAAAAGGCUCGGCUCACCCACCUUCACCUGCCUCCAGCCCCCUGUGACCUGAAGAUCCUCACCAUCAUGGAGUGCGACUCAACAGAGAGCAGCACCAUCAACAUCAAUGAGGCCGCAGCUCCCAAACUGCCCCUCACCAUCUACCAGCCUGCCGAGAGAAGAGUCCCCGACUGGGUGGGACCGAGCCUCAGCGGAGGACUGCCUGGAGAUCCGCACCACUCCACCAUCCUGGACCAGGGCCCCAGACAGGCAUCAUCAUCCAUGAAAGCACACCACACACGCUCCCAGACAAUGGAGGCUAUCGGGGACAGGGGAGAGGCUGAGAGCGAAAGGGGGAUGAGAGGAGAGUUGACUCAAGCUCCGGGCCAGACUUCAGUUCUACAUUUCUUCUCUAAACUGCGACGCCAUGCCAGUCUGGAGGGGGCGGGGCCUUACUUCAGGAGGUGGAAAUUUGACAGUAGUCACCGGGCUGCCAGCCUGGAUGCCAAAGGAUCCCCGAAGAGAAGGCCCUUCCAGAGACAGAGAGCUGCAAGUGAAACCACUGAUCACACCGAAGACGACUCUGCAUCCCUCCAAGAUGACUCUUUCCCACACUCCCCCAUCCAGACCAGUGGCCUACAGUCUCUCUCCGCAGAGUCUCUGUCUCACCACGACACAGUACCCACAUCCUCAGUCAUCCUCAGCAGGCUACAGCUGGAGGCCAUGGUGGAGGUAGGUGGUAGCAGCAGCACUAGAAGAGGGGAUCUCUGUUCACCAACAAAUGAUUGUCACGCCCAGAGGCAAGAGGAGGUCACAGCCAACGGGACAGGAGUAGAAAAAGAAACAAAGUUCAGUGCACUUAUAAGAACAGAGGCAGAGGGAGUUGAGCUAGAGUCGGUGGAAGAUGAUGACUUGUUUGGCGCACAACAAGAAGCUGCAGUACAGCAAAGGUUUGAGGACAUGUUAAGGACAACAAAGACAGACUGCAUGACGUCAGAUGUGAGGAAAAAGAGCGAGGCAGAGGCAGAAGAUGGAGAUGAGGUGGUGUUGGGAGCUGAGGCCAGACGAAGGACCGACUCAGGCUCAUCUCUUACCUUCAUGAUCCGCCAGGAGAGCUCGGAGGCUCCUCCCUCCCUGUACAAGGACAUCUGGAGCUUGCGAGCCUCGCUGGAGCAAUACGCCUCCUCAGACCAGAGCAGCACAGAUCGGGAGUCCAUCCGCAGUGAUGCCGACAGCGUCUCAUCCUUUGGUGGUGCAGGAGCUCGCUCUGGCCUGGACAGCUGCUUGUCCCAAGACCUGGACGAUGAGCCUGAAGGAGAAGGGGAUGGAGAGAUGUUGGAGGGUGGGAUCAGAGGGGCGUCAGGUGGGGACAGCGAGGUGGGGAGUGGAGCUGGAGGAGAGGGUGAGGCAGGGAACCGUAAGCUCCUCCAGAUGGACAGUGGCUAUGCCUCCAUUGAAGCACCAUCCAGGGCCCCUGAGGAAAUGCGACUUUUUGGGACUCCUGGAGCUCCUCGAGGGAAGACAGCUUCUGAGAGAAGGUUGUUCUUCACCAGCUCUGGGAGAAAAGGUUCGGUGUGCGAGAGCAUUGAGGCCCGGCUGUUUCAGGAGGAGCUGGAGGAUGAGAUGGCCGACAGCACGGAGACAGAGGAUAAACUAAAGGAGAGAUCUAAAAAUGGCGGUCAGUCUCUUACCCUUCAAGAACCGCAUCAGCUUCUUAAAUCCCUUCAUCCUCAGAAACCUCAAGAAUCACAAUCGCAGCUGAUGUCUCCACUAAUGAAGCCAAUCUCACAACCCUCUAGUCCUCAUAAGCCCCGUCUCCGCCGCCGUGACUACAGCAUCGAUGAGAAGACAGAUGCUCUUUUCAAUGAGUUCCUCCGCCAUGAUCCGCGCUUUGACCAGCAGGAUUCUCCGCUGCGUUCCAGGCACCGAUCCAGAGUUCACCUCCGGAAACAGUGGCAGAGACACAAGCAAUACAGUGACCCAGGGUCAGGUGCUGGGGGUAGGUACUCCCCAUCUUUGGAGAGGCAGAGGUUCACUCCGUUGCGGAGAGGUGACAGUGCAGGUUACCCUCUGGACACCAGGUAUCACAGCACACUGUCACGCAUUGCAAGUGCCGCCGAUGAAGAAGCCAGUGAGACUGCAGCUUGUGAGGAAGCAGCCAAAGAAAGCACAGAGAGCAAAGAUGUGUCGAAUGAAGGAGCUGCAGGGGAUGUCGCAGAAAGUAAAGCAACCUCUGAAGGCACUGACGCAACAAAGAGCUGUGCAGAAUCGACCGGUGAGGGCUGCCAGACCUCUAAAAAAAAGGACACAGAAAGCACAACAAGCCCGUCUUUGACCACUCUUACUACAAAGACAAACCACAUGAAUCCGAGAGUCGACAACAGAAACAACAACAGUAGUCAAGCUAUUCUAUCAGAGGUCUCCCUGGAGGCAGAGAGCAGCCUGUCGGAAAAGCUGGCUGUGUCAGUGGAAGAGAGGCUCUACGGUGGCCUGCGCAGUGCAGAGAAGCUUGGCCAGGGAGGGACAGAGCGUGUGCUUACCGUGUCACACACAGCCUCACCUGGCUUCAGUCCCAUAUAACUUGUUAACAAGCCCAUCUUCUUCAUCAACUUUAUUUCAAAUCCAUUAUCUAUAGACGACAGACUCGAACAAAAUGGUUUAUAGCACUUCAAACAUCAUCUUGUGUUAGAUACUUGGUCAAUCUCUGUGUCCCUUACAUUUGGACAACAUAACUGAUGCAUCAAAACACAAAUAUAUCCUAAAGUACAGAAGUACCGUCUUUCUCGAUGGCCAGUCUCUUCCAGCGUUUCCAUUCAGACCUUAUUUUCCACUGUGAUGCCAUGUGACAUGUGAUGCCCCCCUCCCUUUUAUAGAGUGCUGCAGGGAUGAUGUUUAUUUGUGGGCCAACAUGUAAGUUAGCAUGGCCCUGGUUCCCUCGAAAAAAAACCCUAUGUGAUUUCUCAAUUGGGUUUUGGAUUAUUGCAGAAAAUAAGGUCUUUGGCAAACAAACGUUUAUGAUACUUAACGUGUUUUGUUCUGCAAGAUAAUCAUGACAAAUGAGCACCACUUUUAUGAUUUUUUUGUAAGCGUAAAUGAAAUCUCCAGAAGUAAAAAGGUAACAUUAGGCUAUAAAAGAACAACACCGUGGUCGCAUGGCCUCAAAGUUGCCACCACAACAACGCUGUAAAGCUGCGGGCACCUACAAGCUACAGUUUCCAGGUUGAAUGACAUGUUUUCUUAAAGAAAGCUUGGUGGUUGCGUCAGAGGUGUUACCCCAUCAGCAGCAACGUCUAUAUAAACCAAAUUCUUGCAGAUCUUUACUUAUUGUGCAUACAUUUUUUGUUAUUAUGUCACACUUGCUCUGGCAAUGUAAAAUAUGUAUCCCAUGUCAAUAAAGCCCCUUAAAAUUAAUUUGAAUGAAACCCUGCAAUAUUAAAAGGCAGUUCACCUGCGUAUCACGACAGGGUUUUCAAGGCACCACCGUUUCAGAUUAAAUAAACAUUCUGCUAUGUUUUUUCAGGGCAGAAUGCACCCCAUUUUUGGCAAGAUGAUGCUCUGAACUCUCAUUAAAACAUUUGCUGACAACCAUUUUUUUUAAAAAGACAU